UAUAUUUACUAAUACCACCACCACCACCAUUAAUAAUAAUAAUAAUACUAUUAUUAAUAUUAUUCAGUAUUAGUAUUAGUAUUAGUAUUAGUAUUAGUAUUAUGUUGUACUAUACAUACAAUUGAUUUUUUUUUCUAUUCAUCAUCUAAUCUUGCAAUCUCCAUUAUCCUUGAAAACAAUAAUACACCUCCUCUCCCCCUAGAUUUUCUUUGUAUAAAAAUAUAAGCAUACACACAUAUACAUAUACAUAUACAUACAUACAUACACACCCACACACUUAUAUAUACAUACAUAUAUAUAUAUAUAUAUAUAUAUAUAAACAAAUAUAUAUUUACUUAUUUACUUUCUUAUAUCCCUUUACCUUGAGAUCUCCCAGUCUCUUAAUAUUAUGUCCAUUUGGGCAAUCUCUAAACGCUGGCUACAUUCUGGGGACGGAAUAUCUUUCUGGGAACGAAACGAAUGGCAUCGUCGACAUGGAUAUCAUCUUCCAGUAGAUUUCUACCUAUUGUCUCAAUGGAUCUGUUCAUUUUUACUUGACAUUGGAUUCUUUUAUUUCCUCAACUUCUUUACUGCCGAUUUAUCAGCAUCAGAGCUGGUCAUUGCAAGGAAAUUAACAACAGAUUGGGAUCUUGAUGAUCAAUCCAAUCCAACAGAAUGGUCUCAAUGGCCAUGUGCAGCCUGGAGCUGGCAAAUCAUGAUAUUUUUUAGCAUUAGUGUCAAGGCCUUGAGCAUAAUUACGUCUUUUAUUCAUACAGAGGAUCCUGUGGUCACAUCUCAACGAGACCAUGUUCCAAGAAGCAAGACAUAUAUGCGUCGGUUUGGCGUGUCUGUAAUUGACAGCAGAACAGGAGUGUGCAACAUCUGCCGGGUCAGAGUAUCACACACAACUCACCACUGUAAGCUGUGUAAUAAAUGUGUAUCGGGUAUGGACCAUCAUUGCAAAUGGUUGAAUUGUUGUAUUGGGGAUCAGAAUUACAAAUACUUCUUGUCACUCGUUGUCCUUGUAUUUUCCGCUCUACUGUGGUAUACGUGCAUCGCUUUACAUGUCGUUUCAAUGAGUAUCCAAACAAAACCUCAUUUUGUUGGUCAUGUGAUCAAUAUGCUUGAUCUUAAUCUGUCUCCGCUUGAAGCCGAGGCAACACAAACAACGUUGGUUCAGUGGGUCUAUUUCUCAAUGGUUAUGGCUACUGUCAUUGGAAUACUCUCACUGAUUGGCCUGAUUGGAAUGGCUCGUCUGUUAUUGUUCCAUAUGAAACUAAGUUAUCUUGGUAUGACCACGAUCGAGUUCAUCAGUCUUCCAUCAAAUACACCCCUAUAUGACGAUGAUGAUGAUGACUAUGAAGACGAUUUUUAUCUAGAAGAUGCAGAACAAGGUAACCCCUGGCGUAAACCGUGGGCAUCCGGAAGAUCAACCAAAGGGGUUGGUCGCACAAUUCAGCGACGGGCAAGACGAUGGCUAAGGCCAUGGCGUAACUUGAUCAGAAGAGUAUGGCCGUCUCAAGGCUAUCUUUUCGGUCGGCCGUAUCGACGAAUACAGAUAUGCGUUGCAGACAAAAUGCCGUGUAUUGGUGACGUACAUGAAAAGAGGCACACAGAAGAGUAUGACAGAUUACCAGAGGCUUACACAGAUGUCCAACUGGAGGAUAUGCUGGCUACUCAGACGAUUCGACCUGCCAUCGAUUCACGGGACAGUGAUUUGGAUGAAGAAUUGGACGUGUCUGUUUUGGUAGAGAAGGACACAGGAACGGAACGGGGACCUAGUAAGCUUGCUUGGUUACUAGACAUAUCAGAAGAGGAAGCAUUACGAUAUCAAGCACACACCAGACCAGGCUUGAGACAAGAGAUAAGAAAGAAUGUGGAGGAUCACGAGAAAUAGCGAGCUCUUUUUUUUUAAGAAAAUAAAAAUAAAUCCCUCUUAUUCCACUGGCAG